AUGGCCAACAUACCCGCAUGGCAGUCUUGCUUGUGGGCCACUUAUGCUCGUCCGAAUACGCUGGUAAGCAUUGGCAUGGAAGCGUUGGCUUUGUUGCAUGAUCAUACUAUACAUUUUACGGAUUUGAAAACUCAACAUAAACUUUAUUACAACGUCGAUAAUCCGAUUGUUGGAUUGGGUGCACGAAAUCUUGCCGGACACUUUUCGCUGCCAAUGUUUGCCUACUCAGAGUCUGUUAUACGGCCAAAUAUACACAUCGUUCGCUAUCCGGAUAUGCAUAAGCUGUUUGUAUUGCAGAGUAAUAAUGUCGUCAGCUAUGUGGACUUGCUAUUCUCCAAUCAUGAUUUACUCAUCGCUCUAAGCGGUUUUCCUGAUUACUCAUUUCGCAUAUGGAAUUGCCGUACAGGCAAUCUCUUAGUUGAAGUACAAACAGGCAUCAAAUGCUCACCUUACUCCCUGCAAUGCUCCAGCCGCACUUGGCCCAUGAUUAUGCAAUACUCAAAGUUUGUGAAAGAAAUCGUCUUCUGGGAGAUACAUUACACUGCAGAGGCGACAAAAUUGCAUGAAAUAUCGCGCGUGCAAUUACAAAAGGGCCACUCGCUGAGCACACAAUUCUCCAUGUGUUUUCUGGAUGAUGUAAUGUAUGUGGUGAACGAUUACGGUGUGGUAUUCAGUGUAGAAGUUGCGCAAUUCUACUUGCUACGCCAGUGGGGCACUUCUUUCACGCAUGAAGGCCAACCGCAAGCGUACAACUUAUAUCCGCACAAGCAUGGUCUCAUGGUGGUCAAUCGGGAAUCCGUCACGUUCAUAACACGCAAACGCAAUCUGUGGACCGUUGAGUGGGUGAUGCAGGAAAUGAGUGUGUCCGUUAAGAAGAUGGCGUCGAAUUUCGCCGGAGAAGCCUUUGUCGCCAAUGAUGUAGGCACAUUGUAUCAAUUGCAAGUUGAUCAAUAUGUUGGCAAACUAAACGAAUUCUCGGUAUCGAAUUAUACCGUGGAAGAGUUUUCCUACUUGCAGGGUUUGAAGGAGGAGAAUUUGCUUAUACUGACACGUGACGGCAUGGUGUUCGUCGUCGAGCCAGCACGCAACACUAAAUACGCAGAGUUGCAUGUACCGCAGGGCUGCUGUAUUGGCGCGCACAACUCUAUGCCGUAUGCCGCUGUAGGCACCGCAGAUGGCAAGUUGUACUUUCUAUGUUUCGAGAAGAUACGCGCGCCCACUAUUAUGCACAUAAUGGAGGUGGAGAAGCAGCGUAUAACCGGCAUAAGUUUGAUGAAUCAAUCGGGGCUGAUUAAGAAUGCACAUAACGCCUACAAGGAACUAUUGGUGGAUUUCAAGGGUGAACGUUUUGUAGUACUCACCCCGUUAUUGAGUCGUCCAGAUGUACAGUUGCUCGAUUUCUAUUUGAUCGAAACUGAUUUUGCCAUAUCGUUUUUAACUGACGAGGAUGGCAACAAAGCUAUUAUUCCGUAUGCGGAUGAAAUGUGGGUCUCUACGUGCAGUCAGGCUGAACGCCUUGUAAUGCGUAAAAUAUUUAAGUUGCCGAAGAAAUAUCGCGCCAUUACCCUAAUGCAAGUUGCCAACAGAGACAAUGUGGAAUUUAUUGGAUUGCCAAUGGAUAGUUUAGAUUUAGAUUUAUAUGCUAUAAAGAAUGGCGAGCAAGUUUUCCUAAUGCGCACUUUGCACACAAUACAUAUGGACCAUAUUUCGGGUGUGACAGGUUCACGUAAUGUCAUUUCCUACGGCAUCAGUACGCUGAUGAUACACUUUCGCUUGCAUAAGCGUUCAGCGAAAACAUUUACAGUAUGCCGGAAAUUGUAUACGAGUUAUGCGCAACGAUUGAUACGACAUGUGCAGGAGAUCUACAAUAGCAAGUGA